AUGGACUCGCUGUCGAAAAAAAUUCAGAAUUUGGGUAUCCACGACAUCAGAAACGCCGCCCGAUUUGCGCAGAACGUGAUAGUGCAAUAUGAGCCUUACCAAGUCGACAUUAGACGUGCGACGAAUACGGACCCCUGGGGUCCAACACCGAAGCAUCUGUACAAGGUUCUGCGCAACAAAUUCCAGGUGCCGUUGUAUUUGAUGACGGAGUACACGCUGAAGCGUCUGGUGGACCACAUCGCGACGCGGCCAAAAAAUCUGUACGAGAAGGCGCGUAAGCAGUACGUCAACUACGGGAACGAAUGGCGCGUUGUGCUUAAGUGUCUUGUGGUGCUCGAAUAUCUGCUGUUGAACGUUGAUGGCGGCAGCGAGCUCGAACAAGUGACGAGCUGUCUCCAAACACACAAGCACAUCCUGUUGCGCGAUGUGAUGCAAUAUCGCGUCGAAUUUAGCAGUGAUGGCAAGAUGGAGGUGCAUGAACGCGGGAUUCGGAAAAAAUGCGAGCAACUAGUUCAAUUUACGGAGGACGGUGCGUAUCUCAAGCGCGAGCGUGCCAAACACGUCAAAAACACGGCCAAGAUCCACAACGGGUCCAUGGCCGUGCCGGCAGUCUCCUCCUUGAGGGAUGGCGAUGUUUCCGGUGCGGGGCGUGCCAUUUCGAGUUCGUACGCGGAGGCCGUGUACGGGUCAUACGACGAUGACGACGACGAUUUCGAGGAAGCCCCAUCAAGUGUAUCGCCACCGGUGGCAGACCAGCGGCAGCGUCGGUCUCAAGCGGUGGAAGAUCAAAGACGGCACAAGCGCGAGUUGCUGCGCGAAAAGAUAAAGGCAAGCGAGCUGCAACGCAAGGCGUCGCUCAAGCGCUCCCAGGAACCGCAAGUGGAUCUCCUCGACCUGGAUGAUAUGCCUGCGGUGAAUAAUCAAAAAGUAUCUGGCGACGCAGUCGACGACAACGAUGAUGAGUUCGGAGAAUUCCAGAGCGAGGGUUGGACCACAGCGCCAACAGUGGCACCAGGGACACGAUCUGCAUUCACGCCGGCAGCUGCAACGAACAGCUCAAAUAAAGGCCAGGGUUUUGAUCUACUGGACUGGGACGGCUCAGCAACCACAACAGCUCCGGGCCAGGCAAACACCGCGAACGGUGGUAAUACGGAACAAAAAUCUGCUCAGGGACACGACGCUUUUGCAGACCUAUUCUCCUACUCUAAAUCCCACGCGUAA